GGGAAGUGACUGAACAGCGGCUGCUGUGAUCGCACCGUUUAGUCCCACUCAGGUAAAGAGAAACGUGAGAGCCAUUCCAGCAUGGAGGGGAGGCAAGGCCUUUUUUUCAGCCUCAUCAUAGCAGCGUGUUUCUAUGGCAACACUGCACAGAGAACAGUCUGCACGCAGGAGGCAGUGGCUGACAUCGUCUUCUUGGUCGACGGCUCGUGGAGCAUCGGCACCAAGAACUUUGAGCAGGUUCGUCAGUUUCUUUACACGCUAGUCAACAGCUUCGACGUUGGGCCCAACCACGUCCGCAUCGGCCUGGUCCAGUACAGCAACACGCCGCGUACCGAAUUCCUGCUCAACACCUACCAGAGCAAGGAAGACAUUCUUCAGUACAUCAGCAACCUGCCAUAUAAGGGUGGUGGGACUCAGACAGGGCUGGGCUUGGAUUUCAUGCUGACCGAGCACUUUGUUGAAGGAGCCGGAAGCAGAGCCCGCUACGGUGUGCCGCAGAUUGCUGUGGUGAUCACCGACGGACAGUCACAGGACAAUGUGGAGCCCCACGCCCAGCAGCUGAAGAGCAGGGGGAUUAUUUUGUACGCAAUCGGAAUCAAAGAUGCAGAUGAAGCCCAGCUGAGGGAGAUAGCCAAUGAGCCGCAUGACCAGUACGUCUACAGUGUGUCUGACUUUGCGGCGCUGCAGGGGCUUUCUCAGAGCGUCAUCCAGACUCUGUGCACCGCGGUGGAGGAAGCCAAACGACAACUCCUCUUAUCUGCUCAAGAAUGUGCCAAAGCCACUGUGGCUGACAUCGUCUUCCUGGUUGAUGGCUCCUCCAGCAUCGGCAUCGAUAACUUUCAGGAGGUGCGACAGUUCCUUCGCAAAUUCAUUGAGGGUCUGGACAUCGGUGCUGACAAAGUUCGGGUUGGCUUGGCACAGUACAGCAAUGAGCCUCACCAGGAGUUCCUGCUGAAGGAUCACAUGGACAAACAAUCUCUGCUGGCCCAAGUGGACAACCUGCCCUACCGAACGGGAGGCACGGCAACGGGGAAAGCCAUCUCCUUCCUGGAGACGCAAUAUUUCACUGCACAGGCUGGAAGCCGUGCUGACCAGCGGGUGCCUCAGAUCGCCAUCGUCAUCACGGACGGGGACUCUGAGGAUGACGUGAUAGCACCCGCCCAGCAACUGAGGAAGCAGGGAGUCAUUAUUUUUGGAAUCGGGGUGGGAGCGGCCAACAUGAUGGAGCUCCAGGGCGUCACCAACCGGCCCCAUGAGCGUUUCCUGUUCAGUAUCGAUAACUACCAGGCUCUGCAGAGGCUGAUUGACAGUCUGCUGCAAACAGUGUGUGUCUCCAUGGAGGACCAGAGGCAAGCCCUGGUAAAAAGGUUUGCAGACAUUUUCUUCCUGGUGGAUAAUAGCCUGAGUCAGCAAGACUUCCAACAGACCAGGACCCUCCUCGCCCGGCUGGUCAACCAACUUGAUGUCGGAGUCUCCGCCCACCGCAUUGGUUUGGCCCAGUUUGGCCAAGAACCCAAAGUUGAAUUCCUCCUCAAUGCUUACAAUACCAAAGAGGAAAUCUCAGCUGCUGUCCGCCGCUUUCGACUGCGUCGACUGCAACCUAAUGAGCCACGUAACCUGGGUAGAGCUUUGGAGUAUGCCAGCACUCAGUUAUUCACCAGUGACGCAGGUGGCAGAGAAGACCAAGGCUUCCGCCAGUUCCUGGUUGUUGUGUCUGGAGGAGAUUCGACUGAUGCAGUGUUUAAGGAAUCUCGAUUGGUGAAGUCAGAAGGGGUAACAGUGGUUGGGAUCGGCCUAGGUUCUGCAUCAUUGAAUGAAACCAAAGUAAUAGCCACUGCUCCAUACAUAUACCAGUCUACCAACAUUGUGCCUGCUUUGAGGUCUGCCUUUGAGACUGAACAAGAGUUGAUCCCUCUUACUGGAGAUUGUAAAUCAGCCAAACUGGCAGACAUUGUGUUCAUCGUUGAUGAGUCGGGAAGUAUCACAACUCCCAAUUUCCAGCUGAUACGUUCAUUCCUGCAUAAGAUUGUGGACGGCCUAGAUGUCAACCCAAAGAGAGUCCGAGUGGGCAUUAUCACAUACAAUGAUCGGCCCACAGGGCAGGUCUACCUCAACACCUUCAACGACAAGAGUGAGACCCUUCAGUUCAUCAAGAUCCUGCCUUACCGUGGAGGUGGUACCAACACAGGAGCUGCCUUGAGGUUUGCUCGGGAGAGAGUCUUCAUCAAGGAGAAAGGCAGCAGGAAAAGCCAGGGCGUCCAGCAGGUGGCAGUGGUGAUCACAGACGGCAAAUCCCAGGAUGCUGUGAGCCAAGAAGCUGCUGAUCUCCGUCGAGCUGGUGUUACAGUGUACGCUGUAGGGAUCAAAGAUGCCAACAAGACUGAGCUGGAGCAGAUGGCGUCUUAUCCCUCAAAGAAGCAUGUGUUUAUUGUGGACAGUUUUGCCAAGCUGAAAACCCUGGAGCAGAGUCUGCAGAAGAUUCUGUGCUACAACAUCAUACGCCAAGCAAUCACAAUCAACACAAGGAGAACAGGCAUCAAAGAAGGCUGUAUACAAACAGAUGAAGCAGAUAUCUUCUUUCUGAUCGACCACUCCGGCAGCAUUUACCCCAAGGACUUCAGUGACAUGAAGAAGUUCAUAAUUGAGUUUCUUGAUACCUUCCGUAUUGGGCCGCAACAUGUCCGUGUAGGUGUAGCAAAAUAUGCAGAUUCACCAAACCUGGAAUUUGACCUGACAACCUACUCAGAUGCCAAGUCACUGGAAAAGGCUGUGGAGAACAUUAGGCAAAUAGGAGGUGGGACGCAGACGGGAGCAGCUCUGUCAUUCAUGGGUCCCAACUUUGAAAGAGCAAUGGGUUCACGAGGUCACAAAGUCCCUGAGUACCUGGUUGUCAUCACUGAUGGGAAGUCUUCCGACGAGGUCAAGGCUCCUGCAGAGAAACUGAGGGCACAGGGCGUCAUCAUCUAUGCCAUUGGGGUGAAAAACGCAGAUGAAACUGAGUUAGUAGAGAUUGCAGGCAACCCCAAGAAGACAUUCUUUGUCAAUGAUUUUGAUGCCCUGAAGCCAAUCAAAGAUGACAUUGUCACAGACAUCUGUUCUCAAGACGCUUGCAAAGACGUACCAGGCGACCUCCUUUUCCUGAUUGACAGCUCCGGCAGCAUCAACCCAGGAGACUACCAGAAAAUGAAAGACUUCAUGAAAUCAGUUGUAAGCAAGUCUAAUGUCGGGCAGAAUGACGUGCACAUCGGCAUCAUGCAGUUCAGCACCGUACAAAUGCUGCAAUUCCCUCUGAACCGUUACUAUGACAAAGACGACAUGUGGAAAGCCAUAGAUGCUAUGAGGCAGAUCGGUGGAGGCACGCACACAGGCGCUGCCAUUACUGCUGUUUCACAGUAUUUCAGUGCAACCCAAGGAGGCCGUGAAGACCUAAGACAGAGGCUUAUAGUGAUAACAGACGGCGAGGCCACAGACGAGGUCAAAAGCCCUGCUGAGGCUCUGAGGGCCAAGGGGGUUGUGAUCUAUGCCAUCGGGGUGGUGGACGCCAACACCACUCAGCUGCUGGAGAUUAGUGGCUCCCAGGACAGGGUCUACUCUGAGAGGGACUUUGAUGCAUUGAAGGACCUGGAAAGCGAGGUUGCCAUGGAGAUCUGUGAUCCUGGCAGAGACUGUAAGAAGACAGAAGUAGCUGAUAUUAUUUUCCUGGUGGAUGGAUCCACCAGCAUAACUCUCAACAAAUUCAGAAGCAUGCUCAAAUUUAUGGAGUCGAUGGUGAAUCAAACCACCAUCGGUGAGAAGCUGACUCGGUUUGGAGUAAUUCUCUUCUCCAAUGACCCGAAAUCCAUGUUCACCUUGAAUAAGUAUUACUCCAAAAGAGAAAUUAUUAAAGCCAUAGCAGCACUGAAGUCACCAUAUGGGGACACCUACACAGGCAAGGCUCUGGAGUAUUCCUUACAGUUCUUUGAUGCUCAACAUGGUGGCAGAGCGGCUCAAAAGGUUCCUCAGAUUCUAAUGGUGAUCACAGAUGGUGACGCUACAGACCGUAACAACCUGGUUGGGCCAUCAGAGGCCCUGCGAGACAAUGGGGUGAGUGUAAUCAGUAUUGGAGUGGAAGGAGCCAAGAGGGAUCAGCUGGAGAUCAUGGCUGGUGGAGACACAUCUAGGGUCUUCUACGUGGACAAUUUUGAUCACCUGGAAACUCUGUACCUGAAUAUUACUCAUGUACUCUGCAAUACUACCAAGCCAGCUUGUGAGAAACAGAAAGCCGACCUGGUCAUGUUGCUUGAUCAGUCAGGCAGCAUCAGCUCGGGCGACUAUACCAUCAUGAAGACCUUUGCGACAGAACUGGUCACCAGCUUCAAAGUUAGUGAGGAGUUUGUGCGUGUCGGAGUUGCCCAAUUCAGCAGCUAUCCUCAGAAGGAGUUUUACCUCAAUGAAUACUACACUGAGGCGGAGGUGAACAAACACAUCCUCAACAUGCGGCAGCUUGGCGGAGGCACCAACAUUGGACAGGCUCUGAAAUUCAUCCGGGACUAUUUCCAAGCAUCGCGAGGUAGCCGUAUUGCUGAGAGAAUUUCUCAGAAUCUCAUACUCAUCACAGAUGGUGACUCGCAGGAUGAUGUGGAGGAUGCAGCCAACGAUCUCAGAGCUCUUGGUAUUGAGGUGUUUGCAAUCGGCAUCGGAGACGUCCAUGAUCUGGAGCUCCUGCAGAUUACUGGAAACCCAGAGAAGCUAUUCACUGUGCAAAACUUUGGCAGCUUGGCAAACAUCAAGCAAAAGGUGGUUGAUACCAUUUGCAAAUCCAAACCCCAAAAAGACCCAUCUGACUGCAGCGUUGAUAUCGCCAUGGGAUUCGAUAUUUCUCAAAGGUCUGGAGCUCCUGGUCAGCUCCUGGUCAGUGGACAGUUGAAGCUCGAGAGAUUCCUGCCAGAGAUUGUCCACUACGUUUCUAGCAUGCAGGGUCUGUGCUGCACUGGAACCACACCCAUCAAGCCCAACAUCGCCUUCCGGGUAGUCAGCCGGGACGGACAAUCUCUGUAUGACUUUAACUUUGAGGAAUACAAUGAGGAUGUGGUGAAGAAAGUCAUGAAUCUGCAGAUGUCUGAGGCCACCUACUUCAACACAGCUCUGCUGCAGUCCUUCAGCAACAAGUUCAGGGCAGAGUCCAGGGCUGGGGUGAAGGUGCUGGUGAUCUUCUCAGAUGGACUCGAUGAGGACGUGAUGAAACUGGAGCAAGAAUCUGAACUUCUACGAGAAUCUGGAGUCCACGCUCUGCUGACUGUCGCCCUGGAGGGAGUCCACGAUGCCAGUCAGCUCCAAAUGGUGGAGUUUGGUCGAGGUUUUGGCUACAAGCUUCCUCUCAGCAUCGGCAUGCAGAGUGUUGGCAGCACCAUUCUCAAGCAGAUUGACUCGGUGGCCGACAGGGAGUGCUGUAACGUCAUGUGUAAAUGCUCCGGACAUGAAGGCAUCCGUGGCUCUCGGGGCCCCCCGGGGCCAAAGGGUUUGCCGGGACCGAAGGGUCACUCCGGCUUCCCAGGAGAGGAGGGAGUUGCCGGCAACAGAGGGGCACCGGGACCCAGCGGACCACAGGGCAUCCAGGGCUGCCGAGGGACCAGAGGACAGAAGGGCGGCCGAGGCCACCGGAGUGACAGGGGCGACGACGGAGACCACGGCCUGGACGGAGUCAACGGUGAACAGGGAGCGACAGGCGCAGACGGAACUGCAGGAGAACGAGGACGCCCUGGAAACCCAGGCACCAGAGGCACCAGAGGAGAGGCGGGGCUUAAAGGACAGCGAGGACUGAGGGGAGACCCGGGGGAGCCGGGGGCCGACAACAUCGUCGCGGGACCAAAAGGAGACGUGGGGAACCCGGGCUUACCGGGAGAUCCUGGAGACGAUGGACUUCCUGGUGGAAGUGGAAUCAUCGGAAACCUGGGUCCAGAUGGAAGAAGAGGACCGCCGGGCCCAAAGGGUGCUGUUGGAGAGCCUGGAGAUCCAGGAGUGCGAGGGAGCCCUGGUGCCUCGGGAUCCCAGGGAGACAGAGGGGUCAGAAGUCAGCCUGGACCCAGAGGAGUGGUGGGCCUGCCUGGACCUCAGGGAGCUCCAGGAUCAGCUGGGAGCAAAGGAUCCACCGGACGACGCGGCGCUAACGGACAGAAGGGUCAACCUGGAGAUCCAGGUGUUCAGGGAAUUCCAGGGCCACUGGGAGCCAGAGGCAUGCCGGGGCAGGACGGCAGAGACGGAUACGGACCUGCUGGGUCCAAAGGUGCCAAGGGGGAUCCUGGCUUCCCGGGCUAUCCUGGCUCUCAGGGUGAGGCCGGAGAGCCGGGAACCAAAGGAUUUCCAGGCCGCAAAGGAAACGUCGGCCGAGGGGGGAACACAGGCCGGCCGGGAGAACCCGGCGUGCCCGGAGACUCUGGACUGCCGGGACACAGGGGUCCCAGAGGUCCUCCAGGAGUCAGAGCCAUGACUGAAUGCCAGCUGAUCACCUACAUCAGAGACAACUGUGCAUGCUCCUUUGAUCGGAUGGCGUGUCCGGCCUAUCCCACCGAGCUGGUGUUUGGUCUGGACAUGUCCGAGGACGUGACCCCGGCCGCCUUUGAGAGGAUGCGCUCCGCCCUCCUCUCCCUGCUGGAGGACAUCGCCAUCGCCGAGAGCAACUGUCCGACCGGCGCCCGCGUGGCCGUGGUGGGUUACAGUGCCCACACCAAGUACCUGAUCCGUUUCCAGGACUACCGCCGCAAGAAGCAGCUGAUCGACGCCGUGAAGAACGUUGCCCUGGAGCGCACGGCCAGCCGGCGCCACCUGGGGGCGGCCAUGCGCUACGUGGGCCACAAUAUCUUCAAGCGUGUCCGGCAAGGGGUGAGGAUGAGGAAGGUGGCCGUCUUCUUCUCCAGCGGGCCGUCCCAGGACUCAUCUGACAUCGUCACCGCGGUGAUGGAGUACCGGGCCUCCAACAUCGUCCCGGUGGUCGUCUCUCUGCAGAGCAGCCCUGCCAUCCGGCAGGUAUUUGAGGCUGAUGACACGGGGAACUCCAUCUUCACGGUGCUGGGGAGGUCGCAGAACCUGGCUGCUGAGCUGAGUAGGGUCCAGCACUGCGCCAUCUGCUACGACCCCUGCAGGCCUCUGCAGGAGUGUGCCGGCGUCCAGGAGGUCCCGAGACCCCAGGCGGUUGAUGUGGACUUGGCCAUGGUGGUGGACGGCUCCAGGGAGAUCCAGGCCGACCAGUACGCCGGUGUCCAGCAGCUGCUGGGCUCCGUGGUGGAGCAGCUGGCCGUGAGCCCGCAGCCCCGCCGGGCUGACGGCCAGGCCCGGGUGGCCAUCGUGCAGCAGAGCGGCCAGCUAUACGGGGGGGCAUCGACGGCCGGCCCGGCGGCCAAGCUGGAGUUCGGCCUGCAGGGCUACCAGGAUCAGGGGCUGAUGAAGAGGCACCUGGUGCAGAGCAUGCAGCAGCAGGGCGGCCCCUCGGCACUGGGACACACGCUGGAGUUUGCACUCAGGGAGGUGCUGCUCAAGGCCAACAGGCCCAGGAGGAACAAGCUGCUGCUGGUCGUGGUGGGCGCCGAGACGGCCCACUGGGACCGGGCCAAGCUGCACUACAUCUCCCAGAAGGCCAAGUGCCAGGGGGUGGCGCUGUUCGUGGUGGCCGUGGGAGAGCACUAUAAUCGGACAGAGGUGGAGGAGCUGGCCAGCCUGCCCGUCCAGCAGCAUCUGAUCCAUGUUGGUCAUCUGAAGCCGGAGGAGCAGGGCUACGCCCAGCGCUUCCUCAGGGUCUUCCUCAACGUCCUCAACAGGGGAAUGAACACGUACCCACCCGCCUCUCUCAAACGAACCUGCGACCAGCUGGAGAGCCAGCAGGGACAAGGACAGGAAGUGUUUUUGGACGGGCAGGGCGAGGCGGAGCUGAUGGCGGAGGAGGAAGAGGAGGAGUUUCAGGAGCAGACAGGAGCGGCGACGCAGGCCGGCCAGCUGGACGUCAUCGAUACUUUGUCCAGAGGAGAUGCACAGAGUGUCCCCUCACGACCUAACCUGAUCGUGCAGUGUGAGCUGGAUGCAGACUCUGGUUCGCAGUGUGCAGACUAUGUCCAGUGCUGGUUCUUUGACAAAGCCAUUGGUGCAUGCUCUCCCUUCUGGUACGGCGGCUGUGGCGGCAAUGCCAACCGCUUUAACACGGAGCAUGAGUGUUUCCAGACGUGUCGAGGCCGUUAUCCGAGCUCCGUGCUGAGAACCGAGCCGAGCGACGUCCUGUCCACAGACGCCUGCUUCCUCCGUCAGGAUGCCGGCGGCUGCCAGAACUACACCAUGAUGUGGUACUUUGACACCGUGCAGAGCGAAUGUUCUCGCUUCUGGUACGGCGGCUGCGGCGGCAACGGCAACCGGUUCCCGACGCAGGAGGAGUGCGAGCACCUCUGUGUGACCAAGAGCCGAUGAAGACAAGGAGGAGGAAGCGGAGCGCUGACAAAGACAUCGUCCCGGGCGGAGCGACGCACCAUCAGAAGCCUCUGGAGACAUCCUAGGCUCCUGCUGGUUUAGAGGCAGUUGGGGAGACGCCAGCUGCCUCUGGAUCAGCUCUGAGGGCCAAGAGUCUGCAGCUUUUCACUGGAAACAGCAAACCCUGCAGCCGCCGGUCUGACCCAGGAAACCAGCGGCUCAAUCCGGUUUUUGUCUGCAGUGAAAAACGAGACGCUUGGGCCUCGAUGGCGUUAAGACUGAAAACACACCACAUGUAUCAGGAAAACACAAGUUGCCUUAGAAAAUAUAUGCAACACCAAGGCUGUGACAGCGCAUCAGGGCCGCUGUAGAGAGAGAGAAAAAAUGAUGAAGCUGGGGGGUAAUAUUCUGAGAAAAAAACUCAGAAUUUCCAAGAUUAAAUUGGAAAAUUUAUGAGACAAACUCAGUGUGUUCUUUUCUCCUGAAUAGGCUGAUGGGAAGAUCAGCAGCAUUUACUUCUUACUAAAUGAGAGCAGAAGAAAAACUACUUUUUCCUUGUAAAUUUACAACAUCAACCUCAGAAAUUCAGAGUUUUUCUCUCUGAAUAUUAACAACAACCCCUUUUCUUCCCCGCAGUGGCCCUGAUGCGCCGUCGUACCGAGGCAGAUCUCCUGUGUGAUAUUGAAGUGAAAAGCCUUUAUUCAGCGGCCCUGUUGUUGCGUUUGGGCCCCUGAUCAGACCGGCCCCUGAAUAAAGAUUUAUUAAAGGUUUAUUAACACUUUGAUCACAGGGAACAGCUGCUAUAGUAUUUUUUCUUGAAUAUUCAUGUGUUAUUUUAUUCCUCAGCCACAGAGUACCUUCAUUCUUGUUUAGCACCCACUGGAGUUGGAGUAGGUUUUUUUUUUUCAUUGAUGUUUUCCUUCAGAAAAUGAUUGACUGUUUACCUGUCCACUGUUCCACAUGGACCCGGCCGGCGACACAGGAAACGUCUUGUUCCAGGUUCCUUCAG